AUGGAACCUCCAGUUGAAACCAGCGUCGUCAACAAUACUGUUUUUUCGAGCAUGUAUUCACUUAUAAACUCCAAAUUUCUGGUAACCGACGAUUUCCCUAGUCUCGUAUUGCCAAAUAUUUUCAGCCAAAAUAGGGAAGAAAAAGAAGCCUUUCAAGAAUCAAAAAGUCCUAAAAAGGAUAAACUUAAAAGAAGGAGAAAAAAGCCGAGAGGAAUCACCUCAUGUCCUCACAUUUACAAAAAACAUUACGCCAAAGGGAUGUGUAAUUCUUGUUAUCACAGAUUUGGCAGAGACUCAUUCGCAUGGAAGUGUCCGCAUACAGACAGAAAACAUUAUGCUAAAGGAAAAUGCGAAUUAUGCUAUAUAAAACACUACUCAGAAGCGAGCACAAAGGUUAAAAUUGUGCUUUAA